AUGGGUUACUCCAACAAAACCCACAGUGAAUUCGCAGAGAUUUUGCUGCAAAAAUCCAUGGAAAUAGCAGUAACCACGACCGAACCUCAAACUUCAUCACCUGAGAGACCCGUUUCCCCGACAGGUACGAUACAUUUACAUAUUUUUUUUAUAAAGAACCGGGAUUAACGAAUUAUCUACAUAUGUUUGCACUUAUGGAUAUUUAAAAAUGUCAUUUAUUAUCUUUGAUGUAGCGAGCCAAGGUCCCUUGUUUUCAACUCCAGUACGCAGACAUGUGUCCAUGCACUCACAGUUGCCUUUGUCGCCUAUUGUUGAAGGUAGUGAGGUGGAAACAGAGUAUGUAUAUAAUAUGUUUUCGUGAAUUAAUAUGCCUAUUUGUGUCAAAACUAUUAAUAUGUGACAUCCUGACUUUUUAGAAUUGCAAAUAUGUCUGGGGUGUCUGAGCUGAAUGUUAGCAGGGUAGAUAGUAUCAUCAUGGGCAUUAAUCCACAUUUUGGUAUGCAUGAGGGCGAACUAUCAUCAGAAGACUGUUCAAGUACAAGCUCAACCUAUAGCUCUGAUGAUGAAAGUGAUAGAAGGUACUUAUUGUCAUACAAAUUUUACCAAAACUUCAUUUUCUGAUUGGUCAUGAUCUUCCAUUGCUUUGCCUUGCCAAGAUAUAGGUUUAGGGAAAGCCCAUUUAUGUUAUUCACUGAUUGGUAUGGUAAAUUUUUAGAAUUAACGAUAAUUUGAAUAAUGUUUUUUCAUAGUUUUAGUUCAAGUGAGGAGCUUGAAAAUGAGAGUGAGGAGCUUGAUGUUGAUGGAAAGGAUGAAAGGUAAGUAAACACACAACUACACACAAUAAUAUUGUAAUCAUGUUAAAUCCCUUUCUAGGUCUCGCGUCAAACAGAAGUCUAUAUGAAGUUAGCAUCAUUUGUAUUACCUUCGACAUCGGUAAGCAAUGUCAGACUUAUAACAAGAUGUGUUACAAACCCACAUUAUUAGGGCCCCCAGUAGUGUGUGAGUAAACACUUUUUGCUUUGAUUCUUUUCUCCCCCAUUCAGUAUAAAAUAACACUAAUAUAUACAUUAAUGUAAGACUAUGAUUAAUAUUUAUAAUAAUUGUUUUUGCUUGAUAGUGACAGUGAUCUAGAUGAAACUCUUACUGCUUCUGAAUGUGGCUCACUGGGAGAAACUCCUAUGGACAUAAGUGAAUUAGAAGAUAUUGAGAUUGAAAUACAGCAUGGCCCUGAAUCAAAACAGGAAAGAGACAAACGUCUAAAUCAAGAAUUGAAGGAUAGGUUUGAUUCAUUAAAUCGUGUCGGCAAAGAAAGUGACCUACAUAAUGUGCAUGCUCAGCAAGAACGAGUUAUUGUUGACAUAACAAAACUUUUACCACUUUUUGAGGAUAAGUGCCCAAAUGAAUCUUGUGCUGAAAAGUCCAAGGUUCUCAACUACAAACUCACUGGAGGAGUUUUGCAAGUAUCUUGGAAAUGUCCAAAUGACCAUUCUGGGUACUGGGUGUCCUCACAAGUGCUCUGCCAAAAGAAUGGCCAAGACAUCUUUUCCACAAGUUUGCUACUGGCCCUUGGCUUGGUACUUUCUGGAGGCCAUUAUGACAAGCACAUGCUUUUCAGUAAGUUUUUAGGUUUGAAUUUCAUUUCAAGACAAACAUUUAAUAGGAUGCAAAGGCACUAUAUAAUCCCUUCCAUUACAUCCUUUUGGGAGGAUAUGAAAAGUGAAAUAUGGAAAGUAUUGACCAACGAGCAGCUUAUUUUGUGUGGUGAUGGAAGGAAUGAUUCUCCAGGUCAUUGUGCAAAAUACUGUGUGUAUUUACUAAUGGAGCAAUUUCUUGAUGUCAUUGUUGAUAUUGAAGUGACAGAUAAGAGAGAAACAGGUGGUGUAUCAACAAAUAUGGAGGUGUACACUUUAAAGAAGCUCUUAGAAAGGAUUGUGGGCAAACUCCUUAUGUCAGAGAUUGUUACUGAUGCAUCUACAACUGUUAUGAAACUUGUACGGGAUAUGAAAGGUAUAGUACAUUGAGUAAAAAGAAGUGGAUAAUUUAUUUAUUGCACUCGCGGAGAGUGCAAUGGAACGUGUUCCAUUGCACUCUUGGGAAAUGGAAUUUUCUAUUCAAUAUCAUGUGACCAUAAACAGCCAAUUAAACAAUUAGAAUUUAAUAAGGUAUUAUAUAAAAUCUAUUAGUAUAUGCUGUCUAUAUUUACUUUUCAUUGGUAGGGUGAUUCCAAUUCACUGGUUUAAUUUGAAAGGAUUUCUCUGAUACAACUUUGAAUAAAAAUAUUUCUCCAAAUAUGUUCAAUAAUUUUAUGUGAUUCCUUUUAAUCUUUUUAGAUAAAUACCCACAUGAUUUUGGUCAUUUGUUCCAUGCAUUAGAUAUCUGGCACAAGUCUGUUAAGCUAACAAAGAAACUGGCCAAGGUAAAGUAUACAAGUUUAUGAUGCAAGUUUGUAUAGUUUACCACCAACUACAGUAUCAUGAUAAUAAACAUUCAUGCUAUAAAUUCCAAAUAUUCUCUUGUGCAUCUAGGCAGGUAAAGUCAAAGGUUGUGAGGUCAUUUCAGAGUGGUCAGAACCAAUCCGCAACCAUUUUUGGCAUGUUGCUGAAAAUUGUAAGGGCAGUGCUGAGAAGCUCAAGGUAUGGUGCAAUAGUAAAAUGAAAGUGAACAUAAUGAAAAAUAUGUUCAGUUUACUGUUAUAAGUAUUUAACAGUGGAAUUCUGGCUACUGUGUUGCUGAGGUACAUGAAUAACGUGCCUCUAUUGUCUACCAAUACACAAUGGUAUAGCAUGGUUUUUAUUUUUGUGCCGGCGAAGUGCAAACACCGAAGGCGUGAGAGAAGCUAGAAGUGUCCGUGCGUGUGCUCCCCAGGGAAAUUUUGAAAUUUAGGGUUUCUGUAAUGCGAUUUCAUGCACUUGCAGAAUUUGAUAUUUUGCAGAAUUUGCGAUGUUAAAUGGUUAUUAACCCUUUAAGUGGCAAUGCGCCCAUGUGUACCCCACCUUAUUGUUUCAUGUUAUCUAAUGCCAGACGAUUUUACUCGACAGGGGGAGAGUGCUGCCACUCAAUGCAGGCAGUGCAAUAAGGACUGUACUGGAGUAACUAUAUUUUCAAAAUGAUGCAGUUUUUCCUACUCAAGUUCAAAAUUUGAUGCCCUUUUCUCAUGUUUACACUCCCCAAUAAUCACCUGCUGGGGUAUGAUCCCCUAUUUAAUGACAUCCAUUGUUACAAAUUAGGAUAGUUGGUUUGGUGUCCUCCACCAUGUAUGUGGAGAACAUGAAUGGGCAGAUGGGGAAUGUGAUCAUGGACCAUUAGUGGAGGAAGAAGGUGGAAAGACAAUCCUACCAAAAAAUUCAAAAGCAAUGGAAGCAAUUAGAAAAGUUGUGAUUGAUCCUCGCUUUCUGAGUACACUGCAGCACUAUGUCACUUUCAGGUAGAUUAUGUUGUAUUAUAUUAUCUUUGGAUGAAGAGGAUUUGUGCACAUUUAAAACAAUAAGUGCACAUACUGUACAUAUGAUUGAAAUUUGCUUAGUGAAAUGCUUAACAACGCUUACCUGCUUGCGAGAACCACAAAUAACGGACAGUUGGUUCUGACUUAUGACAGUGAAUGAUAGAAGUAUAUUAUGGUAUUAGAAAUCUAAAAAUCAAAAUAUUUGGAAUUCAUAUACCAAGUUCAAAAAAUGCCCUCAAUUGAUAUACACAAGUCUGUAAAUGUAUCGCCAGGUAAGCGUAUUAAACCUUUUGCUUCUAUUUUAUAGGCACACUAGCAAACUGGAAAAUUUUAAUUCAAUGCUCUUAAAAUAUGCCCCUAAGAGAGUUGGAUUUCAGUAAGUAUCAUUAUGCCAUAGUUGAAUAUAUACAGUACAGUACUUCAUUGUGAUCAAAAUUUAUUUAUUAAUUAUGCAUUUUAUAUAUAUAUGCAUUUAUAUAGGAAUGAAUCUUUUACAGCUAGAACUUUGUUAGCUGCCAUUGAUCACAAUGCUCACCUUCAUCGAAAGCCACUUCUCAGUAAAGAAGGAAACUUGAAGUACAACAAGGUAUUUAGUAAAAGGUCGAAGAACUUCAGAGUUUCAGUUGUGAAGAAGGAUAAAGAAUACGACUACUGGCCUAGUAUCUCCACUAGGGUGUUACAGCAGAGAAAGGAUGAUAAAAGAAGUAUCCUUCGUAGUACACCAAUUCCUGAUGACCAUCCCAAAAAUAUUGCUCCAUCCAUUGCCCAAAUACCUAUCCCAAAAACAAGCGAUUUGGUUGAAAAAUCUCUAUCAAGAUACUCCAAAGAGUGA